AUGCCACCACGCAAAUCGCCGAACGCGAUCGCCUUCCCUGCCAAAGUCAUCGACCGCAGCACCUCAGCCCAGCCCAUCAAGUCCACAUCUACCACCGCCUCCUCAUCACAACAACCCGCGAUCCGCUCCCUUCAAGAUGCACAGAAUAUCUUGAUCAAUGUGUGGAACAACUACGUUGCCCAAACACCUCAACGGACAAAGCUCCUCGAUGCAUUCCUCGCGUUCCUGGCGGUGGUUGGAGCAUUGCAGUUCGUGUACUGUGUGAUAGCUGGAAACUACCCAUUCAAUGCUUUCCUAUCUGGUUUCUCGGCAUGUGUGGGACAGUUCGUGCUCACGGUCAGUCUAAGGAUCCAGACGAACCCGAACAACAAGGCGGACUUCGAGAGUAUAUCACAUGAGAGGGCAUUUGCGGACUUCGUUUUUGGGAGCAUGAUCUUGCAUUUCUUCUGUGUGAACUUCAUCAACUAG